AUGGGCAAGCUUAUUCAAUCGGAGCUCUCUGUACUGGGAUCACAACCAGUGCAUGAAUACGAACUGUUGGAGGACGUGAAGAAUCAUUAUGCUGUACGGAUUACGUUUGGGAUGCAGAUCACGGCUGACGUGGACAUACAAUGGGAUACAAUAUUGUCCGGUCGCAAGCUCUACAUACAGGUGGCAGAUGCUCAAAGACCAGUUGGAUCAAAAGAAGGUUUUUUGGCCAUGCUGGAAUAUGCAGAAGAAUAUUUAAAUGUAUCUCAUAUAAUUGUCUGCUUUGCCAAGAAUCAUCCUGAACGCAACGUACUGGUCAGAGGUUUCAUGUUCUUGGGCUUUUCGUUACAACCUCCAGGGCUCAACAAGAUUGUUCCACAUGCUGCUAUUGAUAACUAUAACCAUUACAUGGUGUACGAUGUCGAAUCAUAA